UUAUGAAAUUUUACAAAUUUCUCACUAUUUACUUAUGUUCUUUGAUUGAACAGAAAAUAAUAAAAUCCGAGUGGGUUGAAUUACCGCAAUUUUCAAAUAGUGAAAAAGUGUAUAGAACAUCGAUUCAAUUAGAUAGAUUUUUUCAUUCGCCACGCAAUGAAAGUGAAAUUAUCACUCGACCUCCUCCUCCUCCUUCUCCUCCUUCUUUGAUUCAAUUAAAUUAUCAAAGAGUUGAUAAAUUUCAUAAAAAUUCUGAAAAAAUAAUUUAUCAUCAAGGAUUACAGAAUUUAAUUUUAAAUGACACUUUAUGUACAACAACAACAACAACAACGACAGUUUUACCUAUUGAUCUGACGACGGAAUCCGUUAAAAAAUCAAAAAAUACUACAUCGAUCGAUGGGAAUAAAAAUAUUGAAAAAAAUCGAGAUGACGCACCUAAGGAACAAUUAAACAGAAGAAAUAAAUUCGAAAAAGAGGAAGUUUAUCAAACAUGUUCGUCUGAUGAAUCAAAAACGGUUUCAAAUGUUUGCAAAAAUUCACAGGAAGAGGAGAAUUUUUUUAAUGAAACAAAAAAUGAAUCUAGUAAACGCUUUUUGUAUUAUUUACCAGUGACACUUUUUAAAAAUGUGCAUUUGAUUUUGAAAACACAGCCUCAUAGUCUUAAGGGGAAAAUAAAGUUUCUAAGAAAUUUUGAAAAGGUUCUUCUAUCCGAAAUUGAAACAAGAUUAGCGGCGUCGAUUGUACCUUAUACGAAAGUAAAAAAAAAUUCUCGCGUUCGAAGGUUCGACGAGCAUCAUCACGAUGAAGAUUCUUUGGGUUUCCCCUCAUUGGAAGGAGCACUAAUGGCAAUUUCAUUUCUAACUUUCGCCGUUUACCUCGUUCGAUUAAUAAUGUUGCUGUUUCAAAAUUUCGCUUCCCCAACUGGAGGGCAAACGCUCUUUCUCGGCAGGAGAAAAAGAGCAACCAAUCACUUGAAUGAUGACGCAGAAAGAAUUUUGAGCUAUUUAUACAAAUAACUUUUAAAAUUAUUAAUGUACAAUUAAUAAUAGAUACAAUUAAUAUUCUAAUUUUUCAAUUAAUUUGUAUCAAGUAAAUUUUUAAUAAUAAAACUAUUC